AUGAGUUCAGCAUCAAGGCAAAAGAAGAAAAAGAAAAAUAAAUUUGGUGCUACGUCUCCACCGUUCAUUGAUUACUUGAAGGAAAUUUUGAGAAGGUACCCAGAUGGGGGACAAAUAUUGAAGAAUGCAGAUGAUGCAGGAGCUUCAACUGUGGUGUUUAAAAAGGCAUUUACAUUUUGGACAAGAGCUGAAUCAUUUGAUCUGGCAGGGCCUGCUCUGUAUUCCUUCAAUGAUGCAGCCUUUUCAGAAGAAGACUGGGAGGGUAUUCAGAGAGUUGGCAGAAGCAUCAAGAAGGAUGACCCAACAAAAGUUGGGAGAUUUGGGAUUGGUUUCAACUCUGUUUAUCAUAUUACAGAGCAACCAUACAUUUGUGUUUUCAGUUCUGAACACCUAGCCAUUUUUGACCCACAAAAGAAGAUGUUUGGAGAGGAUGAAGAAGGCUAUCGAUGGUCUUUGAAUGAUGAAGAGGACAGAGAGAGCCUUUUGAACUUGAGAGAUCAGUUUCAGCCUUUUCAAAAUAUCAUGAGUCAAAUGAACAGUUGUUCCUGGGAGAAGGUCAUCAGCGAGGAGCAAUACUUCAAAGGAACGCUCUUCCGUUUCCCUCUGCGAAAUGAGGCUUCUGAGAUCUCAGAUAACUUAUAUGACUCCAUGAAAGUUACCCAGCUAUUUGACAGUUUCAUUGCUGAUGCAGACAUCAGUCUU